AUGAAGAACCAUUUUACUCCCUUAAAAUCAAUUGAAAACUCUUCUGCACAGACAGUUAGAAGUGAUAUUGCUAACCAAGAUUUGAGUUUGUUAGCAGAACCUAAUGGCAAUGAAACUGGUGACGGAAAGAAUUCCACUAGUGAAUCUUCUAACGAAAUUGUUGAUCAACAUACCAAUGACGCUCUAAAUAUUGAGGCCGGACCUUCAGAUGCAGUUGAGAAUGGGGGUGUUAAACAAAAGGCCGGACCUUCGAAUGCAGUUCAAAAUGGGGGUGUUCAACAAAAGGCCGGACCUUCAAAUACAGUUGAAAAUUGGGUUGUUUCAGCAUCUGUCGCACCUAAACGCGGACAAAAGAUAAGCCGAUUUGAAGACAGGCAAGAAGAUAUCGAAAGACUGGAAAUGGAUGAGAAAGAUGUUCUCUUGUUUACAAAAAUAAACACAAUUGGUGUUAUGGUCGAGAGAAUAGCUAAUAGAGAAAGUAAUGGUCAACCAAGUAAUGAUGUUCCACUAAAUUUAUUCCGUUUUUAUGGGGAACCUGGGGAGGAACAUCAGUUCCCUGUCAAGAGUAUCGAAGAGCUCAUGAACCUUGAAACUAAAUUGGUUUCAAAAAGAUUCAGAAAAGAUUUGAUUUCUUCACUAGAACGCUUAAGGGCGUUGACAAAUUUAAGUCUCACAGUGAAAAGAAUGCUUAGCAUUUUAUUAACGGACGAAGUAGGAAGAAAAUAUUCAUUUGAUGGACGAACAAAAAAACGAAGUUUUAAAGAUCUUCGCAUAAAGACAAUAGUCAUUGAUACCACUUUAAAACUUUUAAACAACGAAAAAGAUUCAUCCAUUGAAAAAUAGAUCAAGGAUUGGUUGGCGCAGUGCAGCAAUCGAAUAAAUCGAAAAAC